GUCCAGCCGCACCCAAUGUUAUAUAACGUGCGAGUUCCAGCAUGGCUACCUACUCCAAGUAUAUUUUAAUGAUUGGCGUGCCUAUUGCCGUAGUUGCUGGUAUAGGGGUACUGUGGUGGCAAAGGAAAAAGAAGAAGCCGAUUUUAAACGAGGUGGGACGCGUUUCUGACCUAAUUAUUUAUCCCGUCAAGUCGUGCAAAGGAAUUCGCGUGUCCGAAGCAAAAUGCUUCAAGGAGGGAAUGGAGUAUGAUCGGUAAGCGUGAUUUUGUUGCAUUAAUAGGAUCCUCUCGAUUGGAGUACAAGAUUGAGUAUGAGUGCCAAUGUUUAAACCAAAUUCGUGUACCUCAUACAACGAGCUAUCACAGCAAUUUCUUCCCUAUUAAACUUUUAUUUUUAGUGUAACUAUAUAACUAUAUUAGAAAGACUACUAGUCACUAGUUACAGAUCGGGGAAUCAAAUAUAAAAGGCUCCAAAUUCCAAAGUCAUACUUAAAUGUGAUUUCGUUCUCGUAACCAAAAUGGAUACCACGUGGAGCUAGUACUUAAAUUUAAACAGAGGGGGGCGUAAGGGGGGGUCCGAAAACCGCAAAACCGCACAGAAAUAAGCCAAAAAACCGCAAACCGCAUCGGAUUUUUUCCCGAAUACCGAAACCGCGCGUACAUGUAGGCCACAAUAUGAAAACUGACGUUAGUAAGACUUGUGAUAUAUUCUGAUAACAUUGUGCGUUAGUAUUAAACAUACCAUCAUAACGCUAACGAUAUAUUGUACUACACUAUACUAUUAUACUCUAUCUACUACUAACCACUACCACUAAAUACUAGUAACUACCAGUAACUACUAAUAACUACCACUAACUACUAGUAAAUACCAAGAACUACUAUUAACUACUAGUAACUACUAGUAACUACCGACAACUACUAUUAACUACCAGUAACUACUAAUAACUACCACUAACUACUAGUAACUACUAGUAACUACCACUAGCUAUUAGGGAGAAGACACAAUACUACAUACUACACAGAGUGUAUAUUACCGGUGCCCUUGUGGCUUUUCACCAUGAAGUAUAUACCUAACUAUAUAAUAAAGAAAUCAAACCACCGCCUUUAUGCUCUAAGAAAACUGAAAGCUUGUGGGGUGCAAGAUGGGGAGUUGGUGGCUGUGUAUUGCUCCCUACUAAGAUCUGUUCUAGAGUAUGCAUCAGUAGUUUUUGCAAAUUUACCGCAGUAUCUCUGCAAGGCUUUAGAAAGAGUGCAAAAGAGAGCCCUACGAAUCAUCUUUGGUCCUGACCUGCGCUACGAGGACACCCUCACGCGUGCCGGGCUUCUGUCUCUAGAGGCCAGACACCACCUGGCGUGCAAGAAAUUUGUGACGGAAACUAUGCACGCUAGCCCGCUUUACCGCCUAAUAUCCAGCAGGGUCAUCUCGUCGCAAACCUCGUAUUCACUGAGGUCAGGACCAUCAUGCCAUGUGUUACCCGGCCGAACUGACCGGUUCUCAGAAUUCGUGUCAGUUAAAUAUGCGCCGUAUAUCAAUUGUGUGUAAUAAUGUGUAUGCGAUGUCUACUAUAUUACUACUUUAUUAUAUUUAUGUUUUUAUAUUUAUAUAUUUAUAUUUAUAAUUGUAUGUUUGUAAGUGCUUUGCCUGACCCUACCUGUAAUUCAGAGAAAUCUGCGAAUGGUGGAAAUAAACAAAUAUUAUUAUUAUUAUUAUUAUUAUCCGGCAUGGAAUUUCACGAAGUCGACGCAUCAUUGGCCAAAACGGUUAAUCACAUUAAGUAUUAACUGGAAAAGGCCGUAAUUGCAAACCACAGAGUUAAAUUGUAAGCUGAUAUAAUGAACCCUGAUGCGUUGUAACACAAAACACUUGGCUCGCGCUUGCAAAACAACCGGAUGCCGACCGUUCUAAAGAGUGUUAUCACCGCAGACACGUUUUUUUUCACCGAAAACCGCGACCCAAAGGUUGUAAUAACCGCAAACUGCUUAGUGUUUUGAAACCGCAAUACCGCGAGUUAAAAUAAAAAUUACCGCAAAACCGCACCAAAAAUAACGCAAAACUGCAUCACCGCAAACCCUUACGCUCCCCUCUAAACAACAUGGUAUUUUCAAUGAUAGUCGGUCAAUUAAUUGAGUAUGGACAUUGGAAACAAUUCAGCUCAUUUUAAUAGCUAAUAUUUGCUAAGCAAUAUACCGUUAAGCUGAAAGGAAGGUGAGGAAUAUUGCUUAAAAUAGCAAAUCUGCUCACAAUGUAAUUAUACAUCGUAGUACACAGGGGGAGGGGGAGGGGUGUUGGGGGGGGUACUUGUCAAUUUUUGUUGGAUUGCCUCUAAGAACCCCUACCCCAUUAUAGGUCUAUUCUGUGGCCAAUCAAAGAACCCUUCCUAGUCACUUUUGGGCAAAUGUUAUUUCUGCGGUGCCUAUUCAGUCACUCUCUGUCACUUUGUCAGGGGCGAAUCCGUAUUUACCAGAAUGUUUGUUACCUCCAAAAUCUCGAAAAUCUGUGACCCCAUUCUAGUAACUCUAUUGAAAAUGCAAACCCCAUCAUAUUCAUUCCAGUUGUGAAGAUGUGACCUGAUCUGGCAGCACAUCCCUAUUAGCCUAAUACUAGGAAGUACCUCAGGGUUCUACCUUAAGACCAUGAUCUGGAUAUCACUUGGUAGUGCAUUCCAUUUCUGUGCACCAUUGAGACAAGUGGUAACUUACAUGUUAGCGGUACUGUACAUCAAAUGGAUUCAAUUGGCUUGAUUGACACCCACCAAAUGGUACUCUUUUCUUUGCUAGGUGCUGGGUUAUUGUGGAUGAGAAAGAUGUCUUUAUCACUCAGCGUACACACCCACAAUUGGCUCUGGUUGUUCCAGACAUUGAAGAUUUCCAAUAUCUAUGCCUAAAUGCCCCCAAAAUGAAAACCCUCAAACUGGAUACUACUGACACUAGUGGAGAAGUCAAGAAAUUAAGGUACUUUUACUUAUAUUCUGAUAUGUUUAAUAGUGGUAUUGGAGCUGCCUCUUGGGCAAAAGUUGUCAGGAGCCUCUAAAGGUUUUUUUUUUUUUUCAGAAUGAAGUGAAUUCUUCAUGCCAUAAUUUCUUGCAAAACUCUAUUCAGCGGCUAACCCCCCAUUAGUGGCUCAGUCAAUUCCAAGCAUACCCAUCCCCCCAUCCCCCGGGCAUUUGUAAGGCAUACAUGUCAUUUUUUUCUGGAGCAGCAGCAAAUGCUCCAUGGUGGGGCCAGGUGGCUCAUACAAAAACUCCACAGUGGGGCUUAAAAAGUGUGCAAAUGUCCCACCCGCCUAGGCAACACUUAUUGCAUUUUCCUGUAAAUGAGCUGCAAAUGCCAUAUUUAACAAUAAUGGUACUUCAAAAUUAAUAUCACUUACUUUAUGAUUACACAUCUAUACCACCUUUUGAAACUCUUGACAAAGAUUUUUCUAGCUAUGCGUUGUCUUUGGAGUCUGAACGAUCAGUGAACAAUCUCUUAGUUUGUUGUUUGUCAGAAUCAAUUAUGAGAGCAGGGUAUUUACUCCUUAACUUAAAACCUUAACUUUGCUCUCUGCUAAUUUUAACGUAAGUGUUGCAAUAUUCCUUAAGUAAUUACAGACAACUCUCUGUUUGGCUUUCCUACAAAACUAAGUACAAUUUUUUAUACUGCAUCUUUAAGAUGUUUUGUGAUGUGUAUCAUGUCCUCUUUUCCUGUCCUCUCAUGCGACUUGGAGUAGGUGAUCCAGCCAGACUUAAACAUUCCCCUGAGGUGAGAGAAUCUUUUGACAAAGAUUAAAAUAGCAAUGAGUUGUCUUGUCUAUCUAAAUAGGCAUAUUUUUUUAAAAGUGAAAUAUUGAAAAAGGAACUAUAUAAACUGCUUCUACAGGAAUUGACAAAUACUCACCCUCGGGCAGAGGUUUUCUCACAAAUUUCCCCCUUCCCCCCCCCAGCCAGGACCAACAAGAUGCCAAAUACCCGGCAAAUGCCCGAGGGAGGAUGGGCAUGCUUGGAAUUGACUGAGCCAUAAGGGCGGCCACUUACCAUUGACCCAAGGAUGGUUGCUCAAGUAUAAUGGCCAUUCAACUGUGUUGUUAUUCUCAACAGGGUGAAGAGGAUGGAUGGUGAAGGUCGUUAUGUCGGAGAAGAAGCAGCUGAGUGGAUCUCGAAUUAUUUGGAAAUGCCUGGCUGUAAGAUUUAUCAGCUCACAAAGCCAAGAAUUAUACUGGAGGAUGACAAGUGGGGUAGUGUAGCCCAGCCUGGAGACACGGUACGGUGGUGUAAGAUGAAGUUUAUGUACAGGAAAAAGUCUUAAUCCCUUAAGAGUUUGUAUUAAGGCUGAUUUAGAGAUUAUGAUCUUUGUUUAUGACUAUCAUGUGCAACUAGCAUACGUCAUGACUUCACAUCAGAUUGUGUUGUGUAAGUGAGACCCACGACAUCUGUACGACACGUGAGGAUGUCAUGAUCAUAAGGGAAAAUUGUGUGCGUGUGCAUGGGCAAAUAGAUGUUUUUCUGUUGUGGACAGUUCUCGCUAGACACCUCUCUAAUGCGGACACAAACCAGUAGUGUAGUUAAAGUCAGAACUAAGUGUCAGCUAUGUUCCAGGUCAAAAUGAAAUUCAGGUUAAAAUGGUUUUAACCUAGUUUGAUUCUCAAUUGCAUGAAUAAUAAUAGGGCUUAAAGACAAAGAUUUAGCUGCAAUCCAUUGUAUUUUGAACUGCAGCAUCCAGGUUGAAAGAGUUUCCAUAUGGUGAGGUGAAAAUUGUAUGACUUUGUUAUCUUAUAUAGAACCAAGAGUAUUGUCCUUAACAGAACGGUUUUUGCAUCGUUGAUAUCUUCCCCCAAGCUAGCCUACGUGGCAGAUAUCAAAACCUGGGGAGAGGAAAGGUAGAGGAGAUUCACGUUUUUCUCUCCCUCCGGCUCCCCUUUUUUGCACUGGCUAUGCAUGUUAUGCCUAACCCAACUACAUGGAUGCAAAUAUUAGUAAUUGCUUAAAGCCAUGCUGGUGGAAACUUUGUUUUCUAACAUAAACGUCUAAGUGUGGAAGCUGGGGCCAGCGCAGAUACGUCAGCACCACUGCAACACAGGUACUUAGAAACAAUUAUUGGAAACCAACCCAUUUGUAAAAACAAGUAUUUUCCUUAUGUCUAUGCAAGGCGGCAUUUGGAGACUUUGCCCCAUACUUGAUCUGCAGUGAAGCAUCCUUAGAUGCAUUGAAUGAAGAGCUGCCGUCGCCUGUCUCCAUGGAACGAUUCCGUGCAAACAUAGUGAUCAAUGGACUCGAGGCAUGGGAAGAAGUAAGUUUUGAGGGAGGACAUAUUAAACCAAUAUGGACAUUUUUCUUUAUACAGUCUUAUGGGUAUUUCAAGUUGGAUUAGUUGAAAGAAAUGCCAAGAGAUGAAGUCAAUGUUGACAUUUACCAUGGUUGCCACAGGUCAGGAAAUGAUCAGGGAAAAAAAUUCUUCAAGGUCAGGGAAAAGUCAGUGAAUUUCACUUCAAGUCAGGGAAGAUUGAAAUCUUUGGUUGAAGUCAGGGAGAAAUGAAACUUUAGGAGUACAUAUUUAUUUUUUUCCCUCUACUUUUAUUGAUUUUAUUGUUUCUAAAGUAAAAUUCUCUUUUACAUUUUGCGGACAUGAAUCAUGUUGUAUUGGUAGAAUAUUAUUGUUCAUGAAAUUGAAUAACAAGUUGUUAAGGAACUAUCAAUUCAUGAACAUUAUGACUUGCUUAAAGUAUAAAUAAAUGCGCGGAGAGAAUGGCUGUGAGGGGAGCGUCAAGUCCAUUGUCAAGACUAAUUUUUGAAAUUGUUUAUUCUAUUAGUCAGGAAAAUUUUACAUUUGUCAGGAAAAAGUCGGGGAAUUUCAGGAACCUCUGCCUGUGGCAACCGUGAUUUACAUGGUUCUCAUAACCCAAACGUUUGACUCAAACAAACGAAAGUGGCUGUUAAUUUACCCCCUUUUCCCUUUAACCCCUGGUACUCAGGGUAGUUGAUGCUCUCUCAAAAGCCUAAAACUGACGUGUUUACAGAGACUCAUGAUUAAUAUCCUUCUUUUUUCGUCUGUCAAAAGGAUAAAUGGUCUGGAAAGAAUAUUCGAGUAGGAGAAGUUGAAUUUAGAUUCCUGAAGGAUUGUGGAAGGUAGGUUAUUUUAUCUAAGUGAGCAAAUGCAUUGUGUUGAAGUCCUACAUCUAAUCGCAUAAUUUUGGAUGGAGGGUUCAAGUUAUCUAAUGCGUAAAAAUAAACAGUUAUUUUUCGUCCUUUAAUUUGGACUAUGAAUUGCAUUUAUGUGAGAAACGUUUGAGAACUUCAAAGAUUAACUAUUCCUUACACGUGAUAGGUGUCUCUUCGUAACAGUCGAUCCUGACAUGGGAGUAAAAGAUGGAGAGGAACCUUUAGUUACCUUGAGAAGGUGAGAUGGAGAUUCUUUAUAUUGCAGUCCAACGACAUUCUACUUUCGAGACUUGAACGUUGCCUCGCCUUACCAGGUCUGCUACACAGCCGUUUUUAGUGUCGUCACGCAACACUCCUCCUUGUGGAGAGGAGCGUUGCGUGACGACACUAAAAACGGCUGUGUAGCAGACUACGCCUUACCCUACUGUACUUGUUCUUGACAAAAAAACAAACGGCAAAAAAGCGAUAGGUUUAGAUUAGCAAAAUCACGCUUUUUUGGACAUUCUUUUGCCGUCGUUGCACGACCACGACGUGAACACGUUAGGGAGCUCAGUUAAGCUACGACGACACAACGACAACGAAAACGUCACCUAACAAUUGAAUUCGUGCCGUUUCAAACUUUAUCGAGCUUAUUCCAUCUUGUUCAAUUUGUCAAACGUUGGCAAAUUUUUGAGGAGUUGAAUUCUAAAGGACUGUAUCGAAGUUCAGGAAAAGAAAAAGAAAUUCGUUAUCUUGUGUUUACGCCCUCCACAAAACGUUUCACGUCGUAGUCGUACAUUGACGGCAAAGAAAUGUAGAAAAAAGCGUGAUGCAUAUGCAAAGUUGUUGUUUUGCGUAAUAAACCUAUUGCUUUUUUUGCCGUUCUCGCUGCCAUCGCCGUCGCCGUCGCCGUUGCUUAAGCUUCUUACUACAUUCAAGAAUUGGGCGUUGACUCGCUUUUUGACCCCCACCCCUCUCAGUACAGCUUAUCACGUUACUUGAAGAGCCAGAGUUGAAAAGCAUUUUGAGUUGUUUGUUUGUUGGUUUACAGGAUAAGGCUUCCAGAAGACAGGGAUCCAAGGCAAGGACAAUCCCCGCUAUUUGGUGUCCACGUAACACCAGCGGGGAGUGCUGUGGGAGUUGUAAAGCUAGGAGACAGUGUGACUUUAGUGUCUUAGUCACAAGCCUUUGCGACUGACAAAAAAAUGAAGUUUCUCCUUGGAGGUGACAAACCAGAUGUGUGUAAAAUUAUGGACGUAUUUGAUAGUCUUGCAAGUAAGCAGAUUGAGUUUUCACUACGAGGCACCCUUCAUUUGCACUUAAAUACUCCUUCUUUUCGCCGUAUUUCAUAAUUUAUUCAUUAUUUUUAUGUUUAUAUCUAAAUAAGUUGUGCUGAUAAUAAAAC